CGCUCCCCGCCCCACUCCCCGCCCCGCUCCGCCCGGCCCGGCGGCGCCGCAGCCGGCAGCAUCGCGGCGGGACUGCCUGGGGAUGCAGCCGCGCUAAGAACAAAAGCCCUCUGCGCGGUCACGCUCCGGAGCUUUAAACCAGCCCGGUCCGGCCAAACUUGGAUCCCUGCCCUCUCCGGAUCGAACUGCCCGGCGCCUUCCCCGCUACGCCCCGGGCAGCGGCAGCGGCCGAGAGCCGGCGUCCCGCUGCCCGCCGUCCCGCCGGGGCUGCCCGGGCAGGGAGGGGGGCUGCGCCCCGUACCCCGCGCCGCCCCGGGGACCCCGGCCGCCUCACCGCCGCGGGACCUUGGCUUUGCCCUUCGCACGGCAGGUGCGGGGCCAGCGGAGAAGGAUGCGUUUCUUCCCGUGGGGAUUUUGGCUGCUGUGUGUCGCCUCCGCCCCGGCUCGCAGUGACAGCGGCAGCAAGGCGAGGAGCUGCGCCGAGGUCCGGCAGCUGUAUGGGGCCAAGGGCUUCAGCCUCAGCGGCGUGCCCCAGGCCGAGAUCUCCGGGGAGCAUCUGCGAAUCUGCCCCCAAGGCUAUACCUGCUGCACCAGCGAGAUGGAGGAGAACUUCGCAAACAAAAGCCGAAGUGAAUUUGAAGCCAUGAUGAAAGAGGCUGGUCGCUCUGUGCAGACCACCCUGACAGCACAGCACAGAAGCUUUGACAGUUAUUUCCAGGAUUUAUUGAACAAGUCAGAAAAGGCCCUUUAUGAUGCUUUUCCAAGCAUGUACGGAGAAUUGUACACUCAAAACAUGAAGGUCUACAAGGACUUGUACAGCGAGCUGCGCCGCUAUUACCGGGGCUCCAACAUAAACUUGGAGGAGGCCCUCAAUGAGUUCUGGACACAUUUGCUGGAGCGACUGUUCAAGCUGAUGAAUCCCCAGUACCAUAUCACAGAUGAGUACCUGGACUGCAUGGUCAAACAUGCGGAGCAGCACAAACCCUUUGGGGAAGUUCCCCGGGACCUGAAGGUGAAGGCGACCCGAGCCUUCAUCGCAGCACGCUCCUACGCACAGGGCUUUCUCGUGGGCAGCGACGUGGUCAAAAAGGUGUCUCAGGUAUCUCUCAGCCACGAGUGCACUCGUGCCAUCAUGAAGCUGAUGUACUGCCCACACUGCCGGGGCAUGUCCAGUGUGAAGCCGUGCAACAACUACUGCCUGAACGUGGUGAAGGGCUGCCUGGCCAACCAAGCGGACCUCAACACUGAGUGGAAGUACCUGAUGGAUUCCCUGAUGGUAGUUGCUGAUCGGAUUGAUGGAGCAUACAAUGUAGACACUGUCAUAGGGACCAUCCACAUGAGAAUCGCUGAAGCUAUUUCUAACUUGCAAGAGAACAAAGAUUCUAUCACAGCCAAGGUUUUCCAAGGCUGUGGAAAUCCCAAAAUCAGCACAAAAGGCUCCAGCAGUGAGGACAAGAAAAGGCGAGGGAAAGUCACAUUGGAAGCAAAAUCCUCUGCACAAGCACUGGAAAUGCUGGUUUUAGAUGCCAAAGGGAAUCUGACAGCUCUCAAGACUUACUGGAUCACUCUGCCUGGCAGCCUGUGCAGCAAAAAAGUGAUGGCCAGCUCAGCACUGGAUGACAAGUGUUGGAAUGGGAUGACCAAGGGCAGUUACCUGCCCGAAGUGAUGGGGGACGGCUUAGCUAAUCAGAUUAACAACCCGGAGGUGGAGGUGGACAUCACCAAGCCAGAUAUGACCAUUCGCCAGCAAAUCAUGCAGCUAAAGAUCAUGACAAACCGGCUGGGCAAUGCGAACAUCGGGAAUGACGUGGAUUUCCAAGACGCAAGUGAUGACAUGAGUGGCUCUGGGAGUGGUGACAGCUGUCCUGAUGAUGUCUGUGGCAAAAGACUUUCUAAGAGCCCCAGCACCAGGCGGCCAGAAACACACGCUAUUCCUAAGCAGUCUGGACACGGCAUCAAUGGGGCCAGCAGCACAUCUUUGCCUUCUGCCUUCCUCCUCCUUUUGGUGGCUUCCACUGCCACGCAGCACUUGUGGCGGUAACUCACUCGCACAGCCAGGAAAGAGACUGCGGCCGAGGGCUUCACUUUGCCAAAAUCAACCAACCAACGAAAGGACAUAUUUAAUUCAACUUGGCAAAAAAAAAAAAAAAGGAAAAGAAAAGGGAAAAAAAAAAGGUAGGAAGGAGAAAAAGGUUUAAGUUGUUUGCUAUUUCUGGCAGUGCUCGAGCUGUUCUCUUCUUUCUUGGUCUCUUCCCCAAAGCUGGGCCCUUCUUUCCGUACCUCAUUGUUUUACUUUUAUUGCCACAAACUGACUCUGGGGGCUGUAAUGAGCCUUUGCAGAGAGGCCUCAGGGGGAGCCCAGGGGUCCCUCCGAGGGCAGCUCAUCUGCUGCCUCCAGUGGAAUAUGCAAUUGCCCUGAUCUUGAUACCCCGGCGCUGCUGCACCCUGCAGCUGCCAGAGCACACGGCGCUGCUCUGUGAGGCAGAGGGACUGGGAACCUCAGCGUGGCUCAAGUGCUGCAUCCAGGGGCUCUUUUGGGCUUUUCCUCUCUACUUCCUAGGCAGGCAGAGAUGGCCCUUCACAUCCGGUGGCAUAGGUGGAGCAUGAGCAGGUUUGGUGGGUUGAACUGAAACAGUUUGGCAGUGGCUUUUGGACCCAAAAAGCGCAGAACUCCGUUUUCCUUUGGAAAGGUCACAAGUGAGUUUAUUGACUAGAGCUUGUAGCUGAUGACAAUUUGAAAUGUAGGUCUCCUACAUCUAAGUGACUGGGAAUGAGUGUUAGGGCUUGGGGUUUGGGGUAUUCUUUCUUUGCAUGCUAGUUGGAAAGCCAUUUUUUACCCAAGUAAUAAUGGUCCAGUUUCUACCUGCAGUGCAGUACCGUCACAGGUAACAGAGAGAUGAAAAUAGGCAGAGUGGGAUUCUCUGCCUGACACAGCUGUGCUGCCUUCUCCUCCUCUGGACCCAGCCAUGGAUGGCAAUCCCUUUUUUCAUUAGUAAAAAGACCAGGGACUUGUUACUAUCUGGAGCAUGGAGACUGGUUGUGGGAGCUUACACCAGGCCACCUGCAGGUGUGAUCUCCAGGCAGCUGCCUUAGGGCAGAGAGGGGUGGACAGCAAUGAGCCCUGGGUUGUCCUUGCCCAGACUGACUCAAGGCAGAACCUGCCAGGAGGCAUGUGAGGAUGGGACAUGUUUUGUUUGAUGGGACUUCUUUCUUUUUGGUGUUUGUUCCUAUUGCAGUGUAGGUUUUUAAGUCCCAUUUGCUAUCCUGUGCACCUUUCCUGGCCUCUGCAGGGUCAGUGUGAGAGAGCAGAUGAGACACCUGCCAGCAGCUUCAUUUGGGCUCAGGGAAGGGCAAGGUUCACCCUGUGCUGCCCCAUCCCACCAUGCACCAGCUGCUGGGUCACACUGGUGGCUGCCCUAACCUUGAAGUGCUUGGUGGGGUGGGCUUUUUGCCAGAUUUUGAAACUGGGGGUGUUGAAAGAUAAAAAUAUCCUCACGUAGCUGUAGGAGUGUCUGUGCUUGUAGGGCUGUGUGCUUUGGGGCUUCCAGAAGGCUUCUGUGCCUGACAGGUUCAGCAGGCAUAGGCUGGAGAAGUAGAUUUAGCAGAUGCUACAGGUACAACACAGUCACUGUGACUGGUUGGGCCAAGAGCAUGCCCAGGGGUUGGGCUUCAUUUGUACGGGGGUGGGGGGGGAGGGUGAGUUUCAAGUGUUUGUUCAGUGGGCAAGAGGGAGGGCAGAGGUGGAAUUAUCUCAUACUUUACUGGUCUGCACAGCACAUGUUGGAGCAUUUCUCCUCUCUCCUGCCAGAGGAGACAUGUCUUUGUGCUGAGCAAAUGUUAUGAACUGAGUUGGGGUUUGGCUGUUUUUUAAGAAAGGGGGGGGGGAAAACUCCACAACAUUUUUAACAUUAGCCGUUUCUAAAAUGUGCAGUUUAAGGGAAGACAAGAACAUGAGCAAGGUAAUGGCAAAAGCUGGUGCAGCGGGGAGCUGGUCACCCACCCUCCCUGGGGCUGGAGUCCUGCCUGGGUCCUGGUAAUGACACUGACAGUGCCUCAAAUGAGGCAGAGAUUUUAGGGCAGCUUUUACUGGCUUCUCCAGGUCACUGUGACUAAUGUUUCUGUUUGGUAUUCUUUCUGCCUUGUACUUGUACCUUCUUGUAAGGCUAAAACUGAUGGAAGCUGGUAGGGUUUCAGAAAUGAAAGCCAGGAUGCUGGAUGUUGGCUAAAGUACCAAACACCGAUAGAGCCAUCAGAACCCAGGAGUGGAUAAAUACAAGUAAUGGAUUUAUACAGAUUUAUUUACUUCUAGAAAUGCAGCAAGUUCCAGGUUACUUAUACUGCUCUAAGGCGUUCCUGUCUUUUGGUUUGGUUUUGUUUUGUUUUUUUAACCAGAAAUACCAAUAGAAAUGUAGCCUUCAGUAACAACCCACAACUAGUCCUGCAGAAACUUCACAUCCAAAGCUAAAUAAAUAAAUAAAUCAUUGAAAGGAGGAGGAGGCAUUAAAACAUUUGUACUUCAGAAAACACUUGGGUUGGAUUGGAUUUUAAACACCUGGAUGCUGAGGUCAGUGUUUUGCUUUGCAGAACAGGAGAGUGAAAGGAAAGUCCUUGUUUCCAUUUCUGUGCAGUUAGUGUUUGCUGUCAGUCUGUUACCCUCAAAAGCUUCUUACAGGCCCCAGGAGGAACACACACCUUAAAUGUGAAAUCAAGUAUUUACUGAUUGUCCAGUUAAUAUUUUAACAAUUUAGUAGCCCAAAUUAUUGGUCCCAUUACAAUAAUAGAACCUGAUAGUCCAAAUUAAGGCAAUUUCUCAAGGAUACAGUUAAAACUGUUCUCUUCCUGAUGCCUACCCCCUUUGGCUGGGGUUGAGCUCCCACUUCAGUGUCCAUCUGGGCCCCUCAGUCCUCCUGGGGCUCAGAGUCCAAGGUCUGGGGCAGGUGGGGGCUGUGCCACGGCUCUUACCCCAGUUUGACAGGAGACCCAUGAUGCUGUUGUUUGCUCCCUCUCGGCCCUGGGGCCACUGGGUUUGUUUCAUUUAUUUAGUUUUUAAAAUGGUCUGCCUCUGCUGCUGCUUUUUUGUCUGUUCCCAGUUGUUCAGUUUUUCUGUUCUCUUCCUGUCCCUGAAGUGGUUUCCCCAACAUGCUGCAAUUUGGUGGCCCGGGGCAGCGCUUGGCUGUGCCACCUUCUGCUGGGAAGCCAAGAUGGCCAAGUACCCCCAGGGUGGGGAUGUUACUCUAAAGCAAACCAUAGUUACCUGACAGCUGGACAACUGUUGGCACAGCUGAACAAGCUGAAGUCAGCCCAGCUCCAUGCAAGCCCCAAGCCUGUACUCAGGCUGGCACAGAGCCUGGGGCCUUUCAGUGCUUAUAAAUGACAUUUCCUGGGCUACUACCUGCUUGAAAACCUUGUGAAAAACCUCCCCAGCCCAUGGUGGUGAUGAGCUGAGAGCCGCAGCCACAGCAGGGGCUGGUGGCUGCUGUGGUUGGUUACCUGAAUGGAAAGCUCUGGGGAGCAUCUGCUGGGAUGUUACUGAGAUGGUGAUUUGUGACCUGUUUUGAAAAGGCCUUGUACUUCACAGUGGUGUGGCAGGGUGUAGUGGUCUAGGAAAAGAUACUCAGAAGAACCCCUGCCCCUGGGAACGGGCGAACCAGAAAUAGUGGAUUUCCAAGUGUCUCUGUCUUUCAGCCUGCUCUUUUGUGCCAUAACAUGUAUGUUUUAACUAAGGGCGAGGGUCUCAAAAGGCUUUGAGAGCGCAGCUACUUAUCAUUUACAAAUGACAAACUGCCUGUUGUUUUCCAGUGGGCUUGGUAGGGGCUAAGGUAUAGCAAAAUAUCUAAACUCCACCUUUGCUUUAAAUGCAUUUCUAUCUGCAGGAGUAAGAAUUAUUUCACUUAUUGGCAUAGCCAGACAGUUAUCAGUUUCUUUCUGUUACCAAGGUACUUGUAACUCUCUUGCACUGUUUAUCUAAAGUUGAAAAAUGUUCUUUGAAUCCUUGUAUAAAUAAAAAGGCUGGAGACUUAA